AUGACUUCACGCGGUAAAAAAAAUUUAGCUAUGAUAGCUACCAACCAAAAAUCCAAAAGUGAUAUUGAUAAUAAAGAAUUUAAUAAGACUGAUGAACAAACCAAGAAUAAUAAUGAUAAUAAAGAAAAAAAGACUUAUAAUGAAACUAACUGUGAUAGUAUUAACGUUAUUGAACCUACCGAAAAUGGACAGAAUGAGCUUGAGGAUUCUAAAGAAGAUAAUGAAGAAAACAAUCUUGUUUCCCUGUGCUUUGAUAGCCUGCUGGAGGAUAACGCUACUGUAUCGCUUGAAGAGGAAUCUUAUAUGUAUGAGCUAGAUGAAAAUGGUGUGCUGAUUAAUCAAACUCUGCUAAAUCCUUUGGAAAUAUCGAUCAAUUCAGAACUUGAACAAUCAACAAAUAAUCUAGAAAGAUCUGAAGUAAUGAAUGAUUUGCUUGAUAACAAUGAAACUGGCAGUGAAUCAGUGAGAAGUAGCUCACUAGAAAAAAACGAUGGUGUCGUAGAACAGAAUUACCAAUCAACCUUCGAUAAUGAAAAAGAUAACGAUUCAGACUACCAACCCGAAUCGGAAAUCAACAAUAAUAGUUCCGAUUCGGAGGAUUCGGAGAUGAUUGAUCGAACAGAAAAUGCCAAUUUGGAAGCAGAAAUUGGGAAUCAAGAAGAAAAUAAUAAGGCGCGUAAAAGAAGAUUAGUUGCCAAUUCGGAAGAGUGGAAAAGAAAUAAAAAUAAAAAACUAAGGCUAGAAGGCAAACCUUUUCUCGGUUUUAGCAAGAAGAAAGGAGAGAAAAUGAAGCAGGACAGUCAAAGGGUUGAACGAAGAUUGAAAGAAACAUGCAAAUCUACAAAAUGCAAGAAAAGUACUAAAAGAUUUUGUCUACAAUUUACAGAAGAAACACGACAACAAAUUUCUAGUAAAUUUUGUAACGAAACGGAUUGGGGUCAAAGAAAGGUUUUUGUAUCUUCGAAUGUAAUCAAACAAAAUACUGCACGGGGUAGAGAAGCAUCGCGAAGACAGGGUACAUACUUAUAUUAUUUGAAUUCAGGAGACAAAAGACUUCAAGUUUGUAGGCAAAUGUUCAUAAACACUUUAGACCUAGGAUAUAAAACUAUCCAAGAUUGGUCCGACGGAUGUGGUUUUCAAAACCGAAACAAAGUGUUGGCGAAUGCUUUGCUGAACUUAGCAAUGAAACAUGAAGUUAACAUUUACCAAAAGUAUCUUGAAGGCCAUACCCAAAUGGAAUGUGACUCGGUUCAUAGCCUAAUUGAGCGUAAAUUAAAAAACAGAGAAAUUCACUUACCAAGUGAUUAUUGCUCAGUGUCAAGAGAAUGUAGGGUUACUCCUAGACCUUAUGAUGUAAAAUUGCUGGAAUUUAAUUUCUUUAAAAACUAUGCAGAAACUAAACAUUUAAGAUACACUUCUCUCAGACCUGGCAAAAGAGCCUAUGAGCCAGUAAUAAAUGACAUAAGAUGUAUCAGAUACACUGCGCUGCCAACUCCUGAAAUAACUGUUAAGCUUUCCUAUGAAGAACCCUAUAUAAGUCUGCCAGUGAGGCCCAAGUCGAUCCCAGUUAUUGAUUCAUACCCACCCCGGUUAAGUGCACCUAGCAAAAUUAAAAAAUCUAAAUGGGAACAUCUACAGGAACUUAAAUCGGUACUGCCUAAAGACACUCAUGCAUUUUAUGACAAUAUUUUGUAUACUAAAUAA